AUGGGGGGGAUUGACGGCGCCGCGAAGGCCGGGCCUCUCGCACGCUCCAGCAGGGCGAGGCGCACCAAGGCGAGCGCGGCUCCGCGGGCCGCACACCCUCAACCGUCUAACCAUAAGAGCGCCAGCGCCGCACCGCGCUCACCGGGCACGCUCUGCGACGAGACGAUCAAGGAGGCGGUCGCGCACCUCCGCGCCUGCUGCCCGCGCCUCCGGAGCGUGAUCGAUGCCAAGGGCGCGGACGCGUGCGAGCGGCUGGUUCCCCGGGACGCGCCGCACUUUCCCGAGUGCUUCGCGGCGCUGUGCAAGUCCGUCGUCAACCAGCAGCUCAGCGUGAAAGCGGGCGCGACGAUCAUGGGUCGGUUCGUCGAGUUGUGCGGCGGGGCGGACCGCCUGACGCCAGAGGUCGUCCUCGCGCUGGACGUGUCAGACCUGCGGUCCGUCGGGCUCUCGCAGCGCAAGGCGGAGUACAUCCAGGGCAUCGCGGCAGCCUUCCAGGGGGGGGAGUUGUCGAGCGCGGCGUUGGCGAGCGCCAGCGACGAGGAGUGCAUCGAGAUGCUGGUGCGCAUCCGCGGGCUCGGCGUGUGGUCGGCGCAGAUGCUGAUGAUGUUCUACCUCGGUCGGAGCGACCUGCUUCCAGUCGGGGACCUCGGCGUGCGCAAGGGCAUGAUGCAGUUGUACGGUCUCAAGGCCCUUCCCUCUCCGAAACAGAUGGAGGAGAUCGCGAGGACGUGGGCGCCGUACCGCAGCGUUGGGAGCUACUACAUGUGGCGCAUCCUCGAGAACGCCCCCGUGGGUGACGAAGAUGGCGCGGGGGGGGCUCAGCGGAAGCGCCGGGCGGGUGGGGAGGGGCCGGCGACGACCACGAAGCGGAGAGCGAGGGGCGGGACUGCGGAGGAGACUUGA